CCAGUAGAGACAAUUGUACAUGAAGCCGGAAGGGAGCGAUAAAAUAGAGAAAAUAAAUUCCAAAGUAGUGGUGACGCGUAAACAUCAGAGCGGGAGUGAUCAGAAAAAGAAUGGAUCACCGUUAAAAAAGAUGGGCAGAGAAAGUCUGACAAACAAACAAGAGAUUCAGAUAUUUGAGAGCGAGGAAAGCUCAUGGAGCAACGUUUUCAACUCUUCCUUCCACGCAACUUUCACGCUCUUCUUCUUCUAUAUAAUUUUUCGAUGUUUCCUUCCCGAAUCUUCACAUCCAUCUCGCUCCAUUUCCGUGGCUGAAGCUGUGAUCUAUGGGGUCACUUCAUGGAAAGGCUCCGAACCCAAUUUUUGAAAGGGCGAUGGGUGUUUGUUUUAAGGAUAAUCUGUCGACUACACUGAUUGGGCCUCUUCAAGUGCAAUUUGUGGGGAAAAAUCCCAGUUCAAACUGGGCGCGAUGUUCAAAAUUACCGUGUUCAUCUAUGCGAAAAGAUGCUUCUGUGUCAGAAUCAAAGCGCAAUGCUCCGGGUCCUCUAUCGGUAUCCAUGGAGGAGGAAUUGGAACAUGUCAUCAGAUUCAAGAUGUCUGAUUUCAAGAUUCUCGAUUGUGUCAGCACAGGCCUUGGAGGUCGGGCGGAUGAAAUAGUUUUUGAAGCACUUGUGAAGAAUCGCCUUAGCCCUUUAUACAACACAAAGGUCGUGCUUCGAAGGCUCAAGACUACCCAGGCUCAGCGUAGAGGAAAAAGAGCUAUAGAAGUAUUAAAGAAACUGGCUCGUCGCAGACUGAUGUAUCACUCCUAUUCAAUGCAAGUUCAUGGUUACAUAUCUUCACUUAUGAGCAACGGCCACUCCUCAUUUACUCUGGUCCAUGGGCAUCAUGGUAGUUUUUCUUUAAGGCAUUGGCUUCAACAGUCAGAUUGGCUUCCAACACUGGAAGCUACUCUUGCACUGGAUGAAGAGUCUGUCAGAAAGGUUGGUGAUACUACCACUGGAGGACCUGCAGUUUCACGCCACUCACGGCUCAUACGAGUAUUGAUGAGGGAUCUCUUGAUUGGAGUUAAUUACUUGCACAGCCAUGGGCUUGCACAUACUGAAUUGAGGUUGGAAAAUGUUCACAUAAGCCCAGUUGAUAGACAUGUCAAAGUUGGAAUUUUGGGAAAUGCAGCCUACUUCCAUGAAAAUGCUGAGAAUGAUAACACUACCGUAAAUGACUUGGAUCGACGGCAGAUGAUGAUUGCAUUUGACAUGAGAUGUGUGGGGUUCAUGAUGGCAAAGAUGGUUUUUCAGGAACUCAUGGACCCAUUGAUAUUCACAAAGUUUAAAUUGUUUUUCUCAAAGGGCCACGAUCCUUCAUGCUUGCGUGAAUAUUUGUUACGAGUCCUCAACCAUAGACUAUCAUCUGGAAAUGUCGGAUUUCAAAUACUUGAUAGAAAUUGGGGCGCAGGAUGGAACCUUCUGUCCUUGUUACUUGCAAACAAACCUUCUAAAAGAAUAAGCUGCUUAGAGGCUCUCAGGCAUCCGUUCCUGUGUGGACCGAGAUGGCGGAUAGCUCCAUCAAUGGAAAUUAUUAGAUGGGGCCUUGGUUCAACUGCAGUCCGAAUUACGGAGGAAUAUAUUUACAGCCUACCUCAGCGAAGAAAGCUUUCCCACUUCAUUGAGUUGAUGGAGAUGCUGACUCCUCAUUCAAAACCAAAGCAUUGGCAGGAGUUAAUUCCAGGAAAGUGGCGUUUCUUAUACUCAACUGGGAGGCACAUCGGGCUCACCCUUCGUCAACCUCCCGCUAGAGUUCUUAUCGGAGAUGUGUGCUUGACAGUUGCUAGAGACUCUAAGCUAAACAAUCGCCUUUCAUUGACCUCAGACAUUAACUUCACAGUCAUGAGAGGUCGUAACUGGUCCCACAAUAAAAUCGGCAUCAACGGUAAACUAGUAAUUAACUCUUCCUCCAGAAUACAAGCUGGAAGAAGACUGUACCUGAAGGAAGAAAACACUGUUGCCCUUGGUCAGCCUUCUUUUGGUGAAUCCAAUGCAGAGCAUGUGCUGGCUCAGAAGUUGUCCAGUACGAGAUGGAGGAAGGUGAUUCCUUUUGAGGAGCUUCCAUCCAGCCUCCCAGCAGUGAAGCUCAUUUCAGGCGACAUUGAUUUGACAAUGAGUCUCGACAUUCCGCUGAGCGAAGACAUAGAUGCUGCCAGAAAUGUAACUCGGGAAGUCCGGACACAAGUUCCACCGGCAUUGUUCGAUUUGUCGAAGUUUAUCUGUGGGACAUAUGUGGACUCCAGGCUCCUGAUUCUUCGAUCUGUAGAUGGAUCUGCACUUUUAUUUACUAGAUCUUGCCUGCAUGAAAGCCAUAACAAAUGACGAUUGUUUUUUAGACUCAAAUUUUGUAACCAAAUUCAUUGUAAAGAUCCAUCCUAAAUUUAUAUCUAGUGGUUGGUAAACAAGCAAA